AUAUUGUUGCGAAACGCGUGUCGCGUCGAUACUCGGUAAAAACAAAAAUUGCUUUGAUGUUUGAUCGCUUAGUUGCGCAGCAUUUAUUCGACAAGAAAACGGGUUUGUUAAAUAGCAAAGUUCAAGCAGCAGAUUUAAACAGAGGCCGGAGCGAAACGGACGUGCGGAAAGGAGCUCCGGAUGUAUCUGUAUUUUUAUCCGAAACUCUUACAUUCUUUAAUAAAGCGAGUUCUGAGACAAACCGUGUACUUAUCUAUUUCUCGUAAAUCGCGGAAACGCGGCGACGGUGCAACAAUAGUAAACAAUAAUCGAGAAGGACAGUGUGCUACGUUUGAACAAGCAAGAUGUGCAAAUUAGUAUCAACCGCAAUUAGUGUGAUAUGUGUUGCAGCGUUUGGAUUGGCAGACAAACUCACGCUCCCUGUAAUUGUAUGCAAGAGGAAUUCACCUGAUUAUUCUAUCUGCUUGAAAGACGCAGCAGAGGAAGCAUGGCCACGAUUUCUCAAAGGAUUACCGGAAUUUGACUUCCCAUCCUUGGAUCCCCUAGUUUAUACACAUGGCACAGCUACAUUUGAAACAGGCGAAAUACGUGGAGAAGUGACUCUUUCUAAUACUACUGCAAAGGGUUUAAAAGAGAAUCGUUUUACUAAUGCAAGAGCAAACUUGCUCGAUAACAUUUUCCGGUUGGAACUUGACUUUGUAGUGCCACGUAUCUUACUCGAAGGUUACGUCACUGCACAGGGUAGUCUAGGAGCUUUUAGAAUGAAUGGCAAAGGUCCUUUCAACCUAACUAUAGACAACGUCGAAGGAACGUAUGAUCUUACGGGUCAUGUAACAAACGAUACUUGGGUCGUAGAACACUUUACUACACUUCCGUCAGUCAGAAAAAUGAAAAUUUAUCUCGAAGAAAUAUUCAACUCUAAAGAGAUUAACGAUCUCGCUAUAAGUUUUAUAAACGAAUACUGGCCAGCGUUGUAUCGAGUAAUGUUGCCAGUUGCAGCCAAAGAAUGGGAUAAAUGGUUGACUGACUUAAGCAAUCGCUUGUUCUCCAAAGUUUCUUUCUCCGCAUUGUUCCCUUAGAUCUUUUGACAAAAUCAUAAUUUCAUAAUUUUAGUAACUAUAAAUUUAACAUUAAUUGUUAAGAUUAUUCGUAUCAUAGAUGUUUCUUUUUUAAUUUCACUCUAUGUGUUAACAUCCAAUUAGUUUAUUACUAUUUGUGACAGUAUUUAUAUUUGGUCACACAGUCGCUAUAUUGCACAUAAAAUAAAUAUUUGUUAAACGUA